UCACCCUCCUCAUCCUCCAAACUCUUAUAUAAACAUCAAACCUCCCUCAAAUUAAGCCCACACAAAACUACUAAUUUCUCAAGCAGCAAAAAUGCCUUCUUUCUCUCUCGAACACUUGGACCUCUACUCAGCCCCUCACGUCCCUGACUCCCACACCUGGCCCUCCUCCUACCUCCACGACCACCCUGCCACCGCCGACAACGGCGGGAGCAAGUGCGACAUAUCCGAAGCCGCCGCCCCCUUGCUCGUCGGCACCGCCUGUCGGUCCUUCGGAGUCUUUUACGCUACCGGUCACGGCAUCCCCAUCGAUAUCCUUGAUGAGGUCGAAUAUCAAGCCCGCCGGCUCUUCGCCCUCCCUCUCCAUCAGAAGCUCGUCAAGGCUCGCCGGCCGGGCAUCAUCUCCGGCUACGGGAGACCGCCUCUCUCUGCCUUCUUCCCCAAACUCAUGUGGUCUGAAGGCUUCACCAUCGCCGGAAGCCACCGGGGAGAUAUCGCCGGCGAUGAAUGGAUGCAGGAGCACUCUAUUUUCUGUGACGUGAUGGAAAAAUACAAUAAGAAGAUGAAGGAGGUGGCUGGGAAGCUACUGGGUCUCAUGCUCCUCUCCUUAGGUAUUGAUGAAGAGCAAACGGGACGGGCCGGGCUUACAAAGGACUUAGCAAAAGCAAUGGAGGUGCUCCAACUCAACUCCUAUCCAGCCUGCCCCGAGCCCGAUAAGACCAUCGGCAUGGCAGCUCAUACAGACUCAGGCCUCCUCACUGUGCUCCAUCAAAGUGGGGGAACCAACGGCCUCCAAAUCCUCCGCAGAGCGGACGGGUUCGGGCCGACCCGAUGGGUCACCUUACCACCUCUCAAAGGAGCUCUAGUUGUUCACGUUGGUGAUCUCCUUCAAAUCCUCUCUAACGAUCAGUUCAAAAGCGUGAGGCAUCGCGCAGUUGUUAGUCGGACUGAGCACCGCCUCUCUGCUGCUUAUAUCGUGGGCCCGCCCGACCACAUGAAGAUUGAGCCCAUAAAUAAAUUAGUAGAAUCGGGCCAAAACCCGAUAUACCGAUCUGUAACAUGGCCCGAGUAUCUGGGCAUCAGAGCUCAAAUGUUCGACAAGGCCCUCGAGUUAGUAAAACUGAAUGCAAAAUGAAUAAGUAGAAUAUUUACAUACAUACCAUUGAUCAAUU